AUGACCACAACACUUCCGAAUCCCUCCUUCCUCGACGCCGAAAUUCUUCUAGCCCACGUCGUCUCAGAAUUCGAAGCCGAUCUCUCUCAUGACCAAAAAGUCGGCUUCAAUGCCGAGCAGUCUCGUCUAAUCCACGAACCUCCUACAUUCAAAGACGUGAUUGAAGUGACGGAGAAAAUCGACCGGAAAUGGUCCAAACGAAUGACCCAGGGCCGGUGCUUAGGAGCUCGCACGACAAAUUUCCUCCAGUGCGUCCAGCAGUUCGCAGCGCUGGGCGAUAUCAUUAUCGGUGGCUCGCAACAUAUUAUCGCAUGCGGAGUUUGGACGCUCCUAGCCCUUAACCUUCACACGGUAGCUUACUUCGAGAAGCUAUUGUAUCUAUUCAUGACCGUUGGUUGCACGACGCCACGGUUUGAGAGAUUCGCACAACUAUAUCCCCGGUCAACGCACUUGAAGGUGGCGCUAUUCGAAUACUUCGUUGUCGUUGUUCGUCUCUGCCACCAGAUCUUACUAUUCACCAAGAAGUCUCCUCUCAGGAGAUUCAGUGAACGUCUGUAUUCGUCAGAAUUGGCCGAGUACCAAUCCAAAUUGGAGUUUUACGCCAUUUCGAUCAGAGACGACAUUUCGUUCCUCAUGGCACAAAGACUUGAGGGACAUGGUCAGUCCCUACGUCAAUCUUCGGUAGAAGAUCAUCGAAAGACGAGCAUCGGGAAAAGACCCCUCCUUAAUAUGAGUUUUGAUCGCCUGACAUCCGACGCUUCACGUCCGCCAGCUGAGGACCCCAAAGAAUAA